CAUCAGACCCGAGCAAAAGGAAAAUUAGACGUGCUUGCGGGACGAUCUCAUUUUACACAUGCGCAAUGCGCCAGGAUCUACAGAUUUAUGAGGGAUACUGAAUUGGGUACAGCACCGGCCCAGAAAAUCACAAGGAUCGGAAAGAGAGGACGGAGGAAGACAAAGCAUUGAAAAAAUAAAAAAUAAAUAAAAAAAAUCCCCGCUAAACAUACAGAAGACAGCUGGCAAAAUAAUCCGAAACUGUCUACAUUGAGUUCACUUUUCUCAAAAAAGAAAAAAAAAGAAAUACAUCGAAACAAGGUUUCUGAGAUACAUACAUACUUUUUUUUGUAACAGCAAUGUACUGUUUUAUGUACAUCUCGGAGGACAGAGAACAUUGAAAGUGCACAGCUGACAUGUAUGAGACACAGCAGCCCUUGAGUGUGUAUUCUGACAUGGAAUAACACAAACCACCACAUGAAAACAAUGAGGAGCGUCAUGUUUCUCUCUAGAGGUGCUUGUAGCCUGUUUGUUGCAUCCUGCUGCAGCCUUGUGCCCUGCGUGAAGCCAGCAGCUUGAGUCACUCCUUUCCAGGGAUCAAGCAACGUUUACUGUUUUGAUUUCAGUUGUAUUACUUUUCUUAGCAUACAUAAGCAUCACUGUAUCCAAGACGAAGCAGAAGCCCAGCAUGUGGGAUGGGUAUAAUGUGGAUCCCAACCGCGCGAAGAGUGUACAAACCUUUGUCACUGAAGUCUUGCAGAGGAAAUGCAAGCAGUCUUCCACCAGAAAAAAUAUGUCUGCUCUCUUUCCUGACCAAUACAAGCAAGAUAUUCCCCCUUUCCUGUGGAAAAACCACAUUAUGAGCAAGGAGGUGUUCAAAUACCCCCCACCAUUUGGGUUUCAAAGCAUGGACAGGAAGCUAAAGGAAGUUCUGGACCUUUUCCCUGAGGCUCCACGGGAGGAGAGGCGCGUGAAGCCCUGCAGCCGCUGCGUGGUGGUGGGAAGUGGUGGUAUCAUGCGUGGGCUGGAGGUGGGCGAGCUUUUGGAUCAGUUUGAUGUUGUAAUCAGAUUGAACAACGCUCCAGUUGGUAACUUUAAUAAAGACGUAGGCAACAAAACCACUAUCAGGAUGAGUUAUCCAGAGGGAAGCCCCAAAUCUUGGGAUGACGUCAAUCCUAAGACCCUGUUCGUGGCCGUUAUUUACAAAACAGUUGACAUUAACUGGUUGAAAGCCAUGAUUAAAAGGGAAAAAGUGUCUCUAUGGGAUAGGUUGUUUUUUUGGCAGGAGGUGCCAAAGGAAAUCCCAGUAGGAACAUCCCAGUUUCGAAUCCUGAACCCUCAGAUCAUUGGUCAAACAGCAGUGGACCUUCUCCAAUAUUCAGAACCACGGACGACGUUUUGGGGGUGGGACCAGAAUGUGCCGACACUGGGGGUCACUGCCACAGUCUUGGCCACAUACCUUUGUGAUGAGGUCAGCCUGGCCGGGUUUGGAUAUGAUCUCAAACAGCCCGAGGCUCCUCUCCAUUACUAUGAAGACAGACGCAUGGACGCCAUGAAGGAGCAAACCAUGCACAAUGUGGUCACCGAGAAGCAGUUCCUAGCAAAACUGGUUAAAGCCGGAGUAAUCACUGACCUCACAGGAGGAAUACACUGCAGCUUCUGUGAAAACUAAAAUCUAGCAUUAGUUGCUUUGCUGUGAAUCAAUGGAAACCUGUGUGAGGGUUUAUCCAAAAUACUGUAACCCAGUAAAAUCUAAUGGUUCCAUUUGUCAUAUAAUGUUUGAAUAAACUUAGAAUGUUUUCGUACAAUUGUUAAUUUUAAAUAAGAAGUACUGGGCUUGUAAGGGUUGAGUAGGAUGUGUAUAACAACACAUGGCAGAGUAUCUGGUUGUGCUGAGAUAUACGGACGCAUCGGUGUGUAGUGAAGUAUGAGGUGAAGCUGAAAUUAAGGGACACCAAACAAAUAAAAAAAGAGACAAGUCAAGGACAAGUAAACUUGGAAGUUUUUCAGACUGCAUUUCUAAGGACUAAUAUACAGAACAACUUUACAAGAAUUGAAUGAAAGAAGCCUUUAUGAUGUGAAUAUAUAUAUUUCUUUAUGUUUAUUUAUUUUUAGUAGCAUUAUAAUAUAAUAAUGCUUAAUAAAAUAUAAUACAAUUAUUGGCUAAAAUUUAAGAAAAAAAUAUUUUAACCUAAACUCAAGAUUCAACAGUCCUAAAUGAACAGCAAUUCUGGCUGCUGAGAGACAUGUGCUUACAGUACUAGCAGAGCCAGAUGGUGUUCUGGUCCUGGAGGAGUGUGUUUUUUUGUGUGUUUGUUUUUUACAAAGGGAGGCAAGCCUCCUUUCUCCCAUUAAACACAGUGUUAGCAGUGGCAGAUCGUGUUAUCUGAGCACGGGUUUUAAUUGGAGGAGUGACCCACAUCCUCCCGCCCCCUUCUAAAACGCUGCUGUAUGUGCUGUUAAUGUAAGAGUGAGGAUUGAAACUGCUUAGUUUAAUUUUGCAUCGCUUCAGUGGUAAGAAACACACUAUAUGUUACUUGUCUUGUGAAGGGGUCAAAUGUGAAAUGCAGCAUAACACAGUUGAUCAGCUGAUUGAGACUCAAUUUGUCACACUGCUUGUGCUGACUCAUAGAUCACCAGCCACCACUGAUGUGUUGAGUCAUAACUUGACCUGUAGGGCCUGACAGCCUAAAGGCACAUUGUACUAUUACUAUUAAACAACACUUUGACACUUUGUCUACACAGGUAAAAGAUUCAUAUAGUUUGUCUUGAUUUGGGUUUUUAUAGUUUUAAUUAAUAAAUUAUGAUUGAGUAACAUAUUUUAAGUUUCCAAUCAUGAAACUGUUGUGCUUUUAUUUAUAUAUAUUGUAAGGGAUUGGUUGGUUUAAAGACAAUGUAAACAAACUGGUUUGUAAACAAAGUAAUAUGAAGUGUUUGGGAUCAAAACUAAAGAUGGUUUAAUUAAUACACUGUUGAUUGAUAAUACUGUGUUAAAUAAGGCAAACUAGAUGUAAUUAAGCCUGGUUUAAAAUAAAUGUGUUGUGUUUAGUAGAGACCAUACUAGGGGGGCAAUAGGACCCAGUAGUGAUUACUGGAGUCAGGACCAACUCCAGGUUUAGUCAAUAGACUAAUUAGUGGAUUAAUUAGUUAAGUUUAAAAGGGUGUGAGUGUGUAUGUUUUGGGUGGGUGAUGGUAGGAGUUUGGUUGGAGAGUUAGCUGGUUAUUGUGAGUAUUGUGGAAACGGGACAAUGAACUAUUGGAAAGGUGUUUGGAUUAUGAUUUGGUUUUGGUGACAAGGUAACAGGCUUAGCCUGCCUUGUUAUUAGUUAGGGAAACGUUUGUUUAGUUAGGGCCUGAGAACGUGUUAGGUUUUGUUUAUUUUUCUUUUUUGUAGUCAAUAAACACAUGCUACAGUGUUUCUUGGCAUCCUGUGUGUAAAGCGUUUAUUUGAAGAAGGAAAACAUGUGACUGAAAGGCAAUCCAUCACAGUCAUAUAUAUAUAAAAAGCACAACAUACAUACAUGUUUAAAUUUGUUGGUAAAUUUUAUAUAUGUGUGUAUGUUGUGACGAAUUCUUGGUUCUGGUCGCACUUUGUGACUGUAUAGUAUAAUCUUCCACUCAGGUGUGUUUAAAUAACAAACACUGACAACAGUAGUACAAUUACCCUCCGUGGGGUGUAUUUUUUUUUUAAAACAAAAAUCAAAUAAACAAACAAAACCUAACCCUUUCUUUGGUCCUAAACUAAACAGGGACAGGCUAAUUCUGCUUACCCUGAAACAAACUAUCCAUUCAGUUUUAAAGUCCUCUGUUACCUCAGCGUUUGGUCUCUUUCUUCUCCCCUCCCCCUACCAUCUCAACUUUACUAGCUUUAACUGCUAGACAAUUAGAUAAUUAAACAAUUAAGACCAAUUGAUGCUCACUCCUGACAUAGGUAUGCUCCCCAGGGUCCUAAAGCCUUCAUAUAUCCUUUCUAACAUAAUACCUUAUUUUUUCAACAAAACUCAAGUCUGAUUUAACUUAAUGCAUCAAUCCGUGGGAACCCAUUUACAUUAAUUUAUUAACUAUAACUUUACUUUUAAACACAUUACAUUAUUUCA